UGACUUGUCUAAAGCUCAGAAACUAUCUUUAAUUGAAGUGCGGUAUCAAUGGCAUGAUAUGCUGCUGGUGAUCAAACAUGGGGGACAUGGUGAAGAAGGACUUGGAAGAUCAGCCUAUAUUGCCUUUGGAAAAUGAAUGUACUAGGAACAUGGGAGAAUUUGUGGAAGUUUCUCUCAAUGAAAGGGUUAAAUUUAAUGAUACAGGCUUAUCCAUGGUUCUACAGAAUGGCUUGGAGAAUCUCCGUCUAGAAAACUCUCUCACAGACGUUACCCUGUGUGUUGGCAGCAUGCAAUUCUCGUGCCACCGUGUGGUCCUUGCAGCAGCAAGCAAUUAUUUUAGGGCAAUGUUUUGCAAUGACUUAAAAGAGAAGUAUGAAGAAAAAAUAGUUAUUAAGGGAGUUGAUGCAGAAACAAUGCAGAUUCUUUUGGACUAUACAUAUACCAGCAAAGUGCUGAUUACCAAGGAAAAUGUGCAGAAAGUCCUUGAAGCUGCCAGUCUUUUUCAGUUUUUGCGCAUGGUAGAAGCUUGUUCCAGUUUCCUUAAAGAAGCCUUACAUCCAGAAAACUGUGUUGGGAUUCUCAGGCUGGCUGAUGCUCAUUCCCUUGAUAAACUGAAGCAACAAGUUGAGAAUUAUAUUGUCCAGAAUUUUACACAAGUACUGAAUUAUGAGGAGGUCUGUGACUUGCCUGUGGACAUUCUGUGUGGCAUGCUAAAGAGUGAUGACCUCUGUGUUACUGAAGAAGCUCAAGUAUUUCAGAUAGUUAUGAAGUGGGUGCGUUACAAAAUAGGCGACAGGCUCCCAGUCCUACCGUAUGUCCUUGAGAGUGUCCGUUUGCCUCUUCUGGACCCUUGGUAUUUUGUAGACACUGUUGAAGCAGAUCCACUCAUCAGGCAGUGUCCUGAUGUCUUUCCUCUGCUUCAAGAAGCCAGAAUGUACCAUCUGUCAGGAAAUGAGAUAAUUUCAGGAAGAACAAAGCCCAGAAUGCAUGAAUUCCAGUCUGAGGUCUUUAUGAUCAUAGGUGGUUGCACAAAGGAUGAAAAAUUUGUAUCAGAAGUAACUUGCCUUGAUCCUUUGAGACGCAGUCGUCUGGAAGUGGCAAAACUGCCAAACUCAGAACAAGAGUUAGAAAGUGAAAAUAAAAAAUGGGUGGAGUUUGCUUGUGUUACAUUAGGAAAUGAAGUCUACAUAUCAGGAGGAAAAGAAACACAGCAUGAAGUCUGGAAGUAUAAUUCAUCCAUCAACAAAUGGAUCCAAAUUGAAUAUUUGAAUGUUGGAAGAUGGAGGCACAAAAUGGCUGUUUUGGGUGGCAAAGUGUAUGUGCUUGGUGGUUUCGAUGGUGUACAAAGACUUAACAGUGUGGAGAUUUAUGAUUCCUUUCACAACUGUUGGUCUGAGGCAGCUCCUCUCAUGAUCAGUGUGAGCUCAUUUGGAGCAGCCAGUUACAAAAAGAAGCUCUAUGUGAUUGGAGGAGGACCCAACGGGAAGUUGGCUACUGACAAAAUACAAUGCUAUGAUCCAACAACAAACAACUGGUGCUUAAAAACACCUAUGCCUGUUGAAGCAAAGUGUGUCAAUGCUACAACAUUUCAUGACCACAUCUAUGUUGUAGAAUAUUGUUCUGUUGUGGGGAGAAGAAACCUGACUCUGACAUAAAUACAUUGUUCUGAAGCUUAGUGUAAUCAAGCCUGAAUUUAAUGGGCCAGUUGGGCAAAGGGAAUGCCCAUUACUCCCAAAUGUCAAUUAAACCACAAAUUAUAUCAUUUGUAGUGGAUUUACAUAGUUUACAAAAUGAUGUCAUUUCACAAAUGAUGAAAAUCAUAAUAAAUGCCAUAAAAUUAACAUAAAUUUAACUGCCUCAUCUAGAUUGUCUGCUUCAGAUCCAGUGGGCUUGUCUGUUAUUUUGGGGGGAUAUCUAGACAGAAAUUUGGUCUGUUGCAUCCAAAGUCCACUAAUAGGAGUCUGUUAAACUGAGGUUUCACUUUAUGUAUUUAAGAACCAGUCACUUGUUGAAAAGCAUAAUAUGCUAUCUUCCCUUUCCAGGUGGGGCAAUGAGAGCAGUCUACUCUUACAGCCCUCUCAAAGAUACAUGGUGCCUUGUGACUCAGUUAAGUCAUGAACGUGCUAGUUGUGGGAUUGCUCCUUGCAACAACAAACUGUUCAUUACUGG